AUCAGGGGGCGACAAACCGCCAACAGUCGGUUCUGCGCCCGAAGAAAACCGGCCGAGUGAGCAAACAUGGCGGCGUCGUUGAUGCGGUUUGUCCGAGGAGGACUUGGAAGGAGUUUAAACGUUGCAAGAAGUUCGUGUCUCCUCCAGCAGCAGAGCAGAGUGCAGAGCUCCACUACUGAGAAUAGCCCCACUGUGAGGCCCAAAGAUGCCGUCACUCACAACCAGCUGGCAGCUUUUGGAGAAUAUGUGGCUGAGAUGAUGCCCAAAUACAUCCAGCAGGUCCAGGUGACGUGCUAUAAUGAGCUGGAGGUGAUGAUCCAUCCUGACGGCGUGGUCCCGAUGCUGACCUUCCUGAGGGAUCACACCAACGCCCAGUUCAGGAACAUGAUCGACCUGACGGCGGUCGACAUCCCAUCACGACAGAACCGCUUCGAGAUUGUGUACAGCCUGCUGUCGCUGCGCUACAACUCCCGUAUCCGCGUCAAGACGUACACCGACGAGCUAACACCGGUGGACUCUGCCGUCCCCGUCCACAUGGCUGCCAACUGGUACGAGAGGGAGGUAUGGGACAUGUUCGGGGUGUUCUUCGCCAACCACCCGGACCUGAGGCGCAUUCUGACAGACUACGGCUUCGAGGGCCACCCCUUCAGGAAGGAUUUCCCUCUGUCGGGAUACGUAGAGGAACCAGCUGAGUUGGUCCAUGUAGGAGAACAUGGGGUAGACGAGAGCCCGCUUGGAGAAUUGCAUAUUUCAUUUGGGACACUUCAGGAUUCUUCUGGAGAAGCUGGAAAACAUUGCUAGGGAGAGAGACGUCUGCAGCUGUGAAUAUACAAAACAAGAUUGAAGGAAAGUCAUAAUUUUGUGAGCAUGCAGAGACAAGAAUGGCUCAUCUAGUUCAUUAUUUACAUUUUUUAUACCUACCAUAACUUCAUUUUCUAUCCUUACAAAAACACCAAAUCUUACCAGAAAUCGCUAAUAUUACUUGUAUAGUUUAACUGC